GAACUAAUGGCAAGGAACAAUCUCACGGUUGUGGUGGAAUUCAUUCUUCUGGGAUUUUCUGAUCUUCCCAAACUCCAAGGUUUUCUCUUUGCAAUUUUCUUAAGCAUCUAUAUAAGUAUACUGAUAGGAAAUGGUCUUCUCAUUGUUAUAACCAAGAUUGACCCAGGUCUUCAAACCCCAAUGUAUUUUUUCCUUGGCAACUUUUCCUUCUUGGAAAUAUGUUAUACAUCAGUCACUCUCCCUAGAAUGCUGGCAGAUCUAUGGACCCAAAAGAGAACUAUUUCAUUCCUAGCCUGUGCUGUACAAACUUGCUCCCUUUAUAUUCUGGGAGGGGCAGAGUGCUUGCUCCUGGCUGUGAUGGCUUAUGAUCGUUAUGUGGCCAUCUGUAAGCCUCUCUACUAUCCUCUCAUCAUGAAUCGUAGGGUAUGUAUCCAACUGGUUAUGGCGUCCUGGAUGAUUGGGAUCCCAGUGUUGGUAGAGGAGACCUAUCAGAUUUUCUGUCUGAAUUUUUGUGGUCCAAACAAACUAAAUCAUAUUUUUUGUGAUGCCCCACCAUUACUGGAGUUGGCCUGUGGGGACACAUAUAGAAGAGAGGUCUCUGUCCAUGUUGCUGCAUUGGUGUUUGUCAUAACACCCUUUCUGUUGAUAGUAACAUCCUAUGUCAAAAUCAUAACCACCAUUUUGAAAUUGCCUUCUACCUCAGGGAGAUCCAAAGCCUUUUCCACUUGCUCCUCCCACCUCACGGUUGUGGGCUUAUUCUAUGGGUCUGGAAGUAUUGUGUAUUUGCGGCCAAAAUCCAGUCACUCAGCAGGAUCAGUCAAAGUGUUUGCUCUUUUCUACACCACUGUGACCCCAGUGUUCAACCCCUUGAUAUACAGCUUGAGAAAUAAAGAUGUCAUUGUUGCACUAAGAAAACUAUUUCCUAAGUGA